AUGAAUGAGCUCGGUCAUUUAAGCCCUCAAGAGCUCAGUCAGCCUGCCUAUAAAAUGGGUAUGACAGCAAACCCUGGAACUGCUGUGCUGACCAAAUCGGAGAAUCCAUGGAGAUGUUCAACUCCGCUGCUGGCACAGCACUUCUCUGAAACGGUAGCCUGUGCUCUAAAAAGGAAGGAGAUGAAAGCCCAGGCAGUCAAGGAGAAAAGAGAAAGGGCAGAGUAUGUACUUCCUCCUCUCCGUCUGGACCCUUCAAAGGUCCCCGCCAAAACUUCCCCCCGGGAAGGGACUGUGGCUGCUCAGCCCCAGGGCUAUGAGCCCCCUUUUAUACAGAUCUGGUUUGGUGCAAAGGGCACAGGGGUUUCACUCAUACACGCAGACCACAAAUUUGGCUCUGAAGCUUAUGAGCGGCAGGACCUUCAUCUCUAUGACCAUCAGCACUUGGCCCCCGGCCGAGGUGUCCUCUGGGAGUGGCUGAGUGAUGACAGCUCCUGGAUUGCCUAUGAGGCAGCAUCUGUGACUACCUGGAGCAGCAGGUCUGCACCCAGGCUGAACACCACCAACCCCUGGGCUGGAGCAGCUCCUGCCAUGGGGAGCCAGUCCCUCUUCUUCUGCUCCAGUCUUACCCACCUGGGACCACAGCUGCUGCCCCCAGGAGCCUCCACGUCCAGAGGAGCCAGUGCCUCGCUCCUCAGUGGCCCCUCAAACAACCCUGGGAGCAUCCCUGCCACUGUGCCCGUGCAGAUGCCGAAGCCAAGCCGGGUCCAGCAAGCGCUUGCAGGGGGGACUCCGAAGCCAGAGCCAGAGCAGAUGAUCAGAAAGUACACCGAGGAGCUGAAGUUGCCCCCUGAUGAGGACUGCAUCAUCUGCAUGGAGAAGCUGUCCGUGGCAUCUGGGUACAGCAACAUGACUGACAGCAAGACCAUGGGGCCCAUGGCCGUCAGCCGCUUCGCCAAGUGCAGCCACGCCUUCCACCUGCUGUGCCUGCUGGCCAUGUACUAUAACGGGAACAAAGAUGGGAGCUUGCAAUGCCCCUUCUGCAAGGCCAUCUAUAGAGAGAAGACCGGGAUCCAGCCCCAGGGGAAGAUAGAGGUGUUCAAGUUCCAGGUGUCGCUCCCAGGCCACAAGGACUGCGGGAUGAUACACAUCAUCUACAGCACUGCUCACGGCAUCCAGGGCCCUGAGCACCCCAACCAUGGAAAGCCAUUGACCACCAGAGGCUUCCCCCACUAGUGCUACCUUCCAGACAAUGCCCAGGGCUGCAAGGUCCUGGAGCUCCUGAAAGUGGCCUGGAAGAGGCGCCUCAUCUUCACAGUCGGGACGUCCAGCACCACGGGCAAGGCCGACACAGUGGUGUGGCACAAGAUCCACCACAAGACCGAGAUGGACCACAACAUGACUUGCCACGGCUACCCUGACCCCAACUACCUUCCCAACAUGCUGGCUGAGCUGGCCGCCCAGGGUGUGACCGAGGACUGCCUGGAGCAGCAGUGA